AUGUCAACAGUUGGUGGGUAUUCGCUUCGUACUGGAAGUAUCAUACAGACUGAGGAAGGUGUUUCUGCCAUCGUUGAUGGUGACAAGGGAAAUACGGGGAUUAAAUCCCUGAAGGUGAGGAUAUCGUACGAGCCGAGUGGAAAUGCUCGCUUGCAGAUCACUGAUCCGGAAAACGAUCGGUGGACUGUGCCAGAAGAGUUAGCACCUUUAAAUCAUACACCUAGCUCGAUCUCUG